CAUCAUUCAUUCUAUGCCAUUAAAAAAAAAAAAUCCUAUCUAUAAAUAGCUGUUCAUUCAUUCAUUGACUGUUAGUUUUCUACGUUUUCUUUGAUUUUUCACAGUUAAAGUUACAGUGAUGAAGCGAUUGCUGUUAUGCUUCGCUUUUGCUGUGAUCAUCGGCAUCGGAAAUGUGGCGGUGAUGGACACUGGAAGGCUUAGCAGAGAGAGCUUUCCGAUGGGCUUUGUGCUCGGAACUUCAACUUCAGCUUAUCAAGUUGAAGGGAUGGCUAAUAAGGGUGGCCGAGGACCUAGCAUUUGGGAUGUUUAUGUAAAACAACCAGGCCACAUUGCCAAUAAUGAUACUGCUGAUGUGGCUGAUGAUCAGUACCACCAUUACAAGGAAGAUGUAGAUUUACUGGCAAAGUUCAACUUUGAUGCUUAUCGGUUCUCUAUUUCAUGGUCAAGGAUCUUUCCUGAGGGAGUUGGAAAAGUGAAUUGGGCAGGAGUUGCUUAUUACAAUAGGAUGAUCAAUUACUUGGUUAAGAAAGGCAUUACUCCCUAUGGAAACUUAUACCACUCUGAUCUCCCUCUAGCUCUUCAGGAGAAGUACAAUGGGUUCUUGAACCACCAAUUUGUAGAGGAUUAUGUCGAUUAUGUAGAGUUUUGCUUUAAGACAUUUGGUGAUAGAGUUAAGAACUGGUUUACCUUUAAUGAACCAAGGAUUGUGGCUGCUCUUGGCUUCGAUAAUGGUGUCAUUCCUCCCUUAAGGUGUUCUAAGGAAGUUGGAAAUUGCACUGCUGGAAAUUUAGCCUUUGAACCUUACAUUGUUGGCCAUAAUUUGAUCUUAUCCCAUGCUAAAGUAGUGAAAAAAUACCGUGAAAAAUAUCAGGCAAACCAGAAAGGGAGAAUUGGCAUUCUCUUGGAUUUUAAUUGGUGUGAACCUCUUACAAGAUCAAAAAUUGAUAAUUAUGCAGCUCAAAGAGCUAGAGAUUUUCAUGUUGGUUGGUUUCUACAUCCCAUUCGAUACGGUGAAUAUCCAAGAACAAUGCAAGAAAUAGUUGGAGAAAGGCUACCAAAGUUUACUGAGGAAGAGGUUAAGAUGGUGAAUGGCUCAUUUGAUUAUGUAGGCAUUAACCAAUAUACUACUCGUUAUAUUUCUAGCCCUGAAACACCAUCAAACAUCACAAGCUACCAGAUAGAUUGGAAUGCAACCUUUGCUACCACAAAGAAUGGAGUGCAAAUUGGUUUAAGGGCAAAUUCUGGGUGGCUUUAUAUUGUACCUUGGGGUAUGUACAAAGCUGUGACUUAUGUAAAAGAGCGGUACGGGAACCUGAAUAUUAUUAUUUCAGAAAAUGGUAUGGAUAAUCCAGGAAAUGCUACACUUCCAAAUGGAUUGAAAGACACCACAAGGAUAAAGUUUUUCAAGGAUUACAUGACUCAGUUGAAGAAAGCUAUUGAUGAAGGAGCCAACGUGACUGGCUAUUUUGCAUGGUCAUUGGUAGAUAACUUUGAAUGGUCAUUAGGAUAUACUUCGAGGUUCGGCAUCAUUUAUGUUGAUUACAAAAAUCUCAAAAGGUACCCCAAGAUGUCUGCUUAUUGGUUCAAACAAUUACUUGAAAAGAAGCAAUGA